AAUAAGUGUGAACUAAUUUGUGGUGUUUCUCUACGAAAGGUGCAGUUUGAUAAGUGGAAUGUGUAAUCGAAAAGUUUAACAUGUCACUAGUAAGUUGUGGUGUAAGAAAACGUGAUUACGGUAAUAUUAGAAGAAAUCGUGAACUUGGCGAAGUGAAAAGUUUAGUGCUCGAGUACGAGAAUGUACUUUCGCAUGAAAAAUGUGUCAGUGCUACUUACAAAGCUAUGGGUUGCGAGAUAAGUUGUGAAAAGCCGACACUCUGUAUUGCCAAUAAUAUAGUAAAACGACGCAUUAAUGAACUUAACAAGCGGCAAUACGAUACUGAGAGUGCACCUUUAGAUCGAAGGAAUACUAAUAAAUUUUGUAACCGAUCAGAAUCACUAGAAUUAAUUCAGCAAGAUGAGCCUGAGCGCCUAGAGCCAACUUCCGCUCAAGAGAGCGACCAAGUAAUGACUCAAAAAUGUAACUUGCAAAAUCCAAUUCUCAAUGAGACGAUCGCACAACCUGAUCAUAGGCCUUCCGGACCAAUUACACCGAUAUGCUCUGAAAAGGACGAGUUCGCUGAAAUUGAAAGUAAACUUAGGGAAAUGCAACAAACCGUAGUCGAAAUGGAAAAUAACUACGACGAACCGCGCUAUGUUAGUCGAAUUUUUCACGUUUUCGACUACAACACUUCUACUGAAACGCAACAUUACCCACAAGAAGUACUAGACGAGUUGGACGGCAGCGAAAUUGUUGACAUAUACCUGGAUGAACAAAAUGGCGACCUCAGUGAAGAUUUUGGGGAAGUUCUGAAGGAAGACUUAAUCAACACCGACUUCAUUGAAGCUUAUAACCAAAAGGGCUACGAAUUACUGAUGACUAGUGUUAACGUGGUCCAAGACUCGCCAAUGGAGGUUACUUCUUUGAGCGAAAAUUCCAACUCAACGAAAGUCUCUCAUGAGAAUGAAGACGCGCAAAACUUAAUCACUUCAGUCGACAAACAACCUGAGGAUCGUAUGGAACGCAGACGUAAGAAUGCGGAAUAUUUUACGGCGGAAGAACUAAACGCAUUAAUUCCGGAUGAUGACGAUGAUGAUGAGUUUGAAGAGUUAUCUGUAGAGAUUGGUAAUCCCAUGACCAUGAGAGACACUGCUGCUGUAAAAUCAGAAACCAUCUACGAUAGCUUUCACAAUCCGAGAAUCGCAAAGGUGACUAGUCUUCUACAAAAAAUUAAGUUGGCACACAGAAGGACAUCCAAAGAAGAGCAACAAGAGAAAGUGAAGUCCAAAAUUAAUUACAUUAUGGAAGAGAUCGUUGAAACAGAAAAGAAGUACAUAAAUCAUCUCGAAUGCAUCUUAGUGGAUUACCUUCCAUACUUGCGAACCAAAAAAGUUGUUCCCAAAAAGUCUACUAAAAUUGGUGACGCCUUUACAGCUAUUAAGGAGAUUAUGAAAGGUACCAUGAAGUUUUACAAAUCGCUUAAAAAAUCAAAAAAUUAUGAAGAUAUUGGAAAGGUUUUCAUUAACUUUAGGUCUCUGUUUGAGAUGUAUCCUGGGUAUUGCAGGAACAAGAAACUUGUCGAUGACUACCUUGUAAACUUCAGAGAUGUGAUAAUGCAACGGCAAAGAGAAUUGAAUGAUCAGCUGGGACUGGGAAGUCAUCUGCUUACCCCAAUCCAAAGGUUAGGAAAGUACAAACUAUUUUUGGAACAGAUCGAGAAAGAGCUGCGCAGAGAAAAUCGAACUUGCAUUUAUAUUACAUAUGCAGUCGAAAUAGUAAGAACCCAAAUGGCCACUGGAGAUUUGUACAUUGCAGUUGAUUCGAUAAGGGGAUGUCCUAUUGAUUUAUUGCAACAAGGAGCGUUACUACUGAAGGAAAACUUUACCGUUCUGAAACCGAAAAAGUUUGAUGUCGUGCUCUUCCUGUUUGAAAGAAUGCUUAUCUACGCAACGCAAGACGCGAAAAAUGUAAAUUUUUUUACGUACAGAAGCAAUAUUAAGCUCGACGAGAUGGGAAUUGCGACAUGUGAUUAUGAACCACUGUUGUUUGUACUGAAACGAUUUGCACCAAACGAUUACAGCGAGUAUACCAUUGAAGCAAAAAAGAAUGCGGAUAAGAAGAUGUGGACGGAUGAAAUCGAGAAGCUUUUGUGGAACCAGUUAGUCGAAUGUAGAGAAAAACAGAAAAAUCGAAAGCCCAUCCCCCACGUACCUUUAGAUGAAGUCACUUACCGCACGCGAACCGUUCCAAAUAAUUCACACUCUCUUCCCAAACGGUCGCGACCGAGAUCGAAAUUUUACUUAGACGAAACAUGAAGAUUAUUGUUCAUCCAGCAACUCACAUAUUUAAUUAUUAAUGACAAUGCAGCCAUCGUCAUUACACUGCAGGUUCAUUUAUAUACCUUUUUUUUUACAAAACCUUAUUUCAUACUGGACCUUUGACUGUUACACCUUAAAUAGCAAGAAUGGAAAUAGGCAUCGUUACAACGUCUCCAGAGGAGAACAAGCUUUUCACCUGUAUACAAUGCGCCUGAGUCUGAAAACGGGGUACUUUCCUUAAUUAUAAACAAAUAACUAUUUCGCAAGAGUAUGAUACUUUAUUUCAUCCAAAUAAGAAUCAAGAAAGAUUUCCAAAGGCGCAUAUUACAUUUAAGCUACUUAGCUACUUGGAUCACCAACAAGAACAGUCUUUGUGGUCCCAAUCAUUCCAAUGUCCAUGAUGUUCGUUGUGCGAAUGCUUAUACGGCUCCCUAUAGUGCCGUUUAGGUCUCCACCAAUCAUCCCGGCAUCCAUCAUUUUUAUACCAAGAACCAUGGUGGUCAUCGUCGUAAUCCCAGUGCUUUCCACCGUGACAGUGAUUAGACUUUCUAAUACAGCGAGAUGAGGCGAACAUCUAGAAAUCAUAACCUACUAUGCUGGUGAUUUUUCUAAUCCAUAAGGACUUACCGUGCACGAGAGUAUUAUCGCUGCAACGAAGAUUAACGGUAGAAACUUCAUUUUCUGGUGACUUAGAAAUCAAUACCUUCAAUCGCUUGAAUAUCUCUUUUAUAUGUACUACUUCUUAUUUAUAUUAUAAAUAAUCACGUUUUGUUUACA